AGCACACACACUCACACACACUCACACACUCACGCACACGCACGCUCUCACUCACUCACCCCCACCCCACCCACGCACCCACGCCUUGGCCACCCUCGGAACCGCGUGCGAGGGCCUUAACUCCGCUCAAUUCGCCUGUGGCUGCAGGAAGCCGCCGCUAUCAGCAACUGGUGGUCAUCGAUCACUCACUCUCUCACCCAGGGCCCACUCACUCCCGGACAGACAGGCAGACCCUGACCCACCAAAGACCAGCCUGAUCCCCCCUCUUGCCCAUCGCACUCGCCCACCAUCACCACCACCAUCAUCGUACAUAGAUACCCUCACCCCACCCUACAUCAAGCAUAUAUAUACGCAAUCUCACUCACCAUCCCACUGCUCGAGCGCGCGCCGGGCUCCAGCCGCUGAGCAGGUAGCUAGCUACUCGAGCCACAUCUCCUCCUCCUCCUCCUACCUGCCAUUGCCUGGUGCACCAUGGCAGCUCCACAGCAAGACCAUCGCCAACAGCCAAGCGCUGGAAGCAGUCGCAAUGCCAGUGCCCCCUCUGCUCCAGGCCCCGCACCACCCUCCUCGGGCUCGGGUAGGGCUUCUAAGCCUCCAGUCAAGAUUGGGCAAUACACUCUCAUACGCACAUUAGGCAGUGGAAGCUUUGGAAAGGUCAAGCUGGCUACACAUUCCCUCACCGGACACCGAGUAGCCAUGAAGAUUAUCAAUCGCAGGAAGAUCUCUUCGCUAGACAUGGGCGCCAGAGUCAAGAGGGAGAUUCAAUAUCUCAAAUUACUACGGCAUCCCCAUAUCAUCAAGCUAUACGAAGUCAUCACCACACCGGGGGAUAUCAUCAUGGUCAUCGAGUAUGCACCACGGGAACUUUUCCAGUACAUUGUGGAUAGGGGCAAGAUGCCAGAAGCAGAGGCAAGGAGCUUGUUUCAGCAGAUUAUCUGUGCCAUUGAGUACUGCCAUCGACACAAGAUUGUUCACCGAGAUCUCAAGCCAGAGAACCUGCUGCUCGACGAGCAUAACAAUGUCAAGAUCGGAGACUUUGGUCUGUCCAAUAUCAUGACCGAUGGUGAUUUCCUCAAGACGUCCUGUGGUAGUCCCAAUUACGCUGCUCCCGAGGUCAUCAGUGGAAAACUUUAUGCUGGCCCAGAAAUUGACAUCUGGAGCUGUGGUGUGAUCCUGUACGUCAUGCUUUGUGGCAGGCUCCCCUUUGACGACGAGUACAUUCCCACCCUCUUCAAGAAGAUCAACAGCGGUAUCUACACUCUGCCAUCCUAUCUCCCCCAAGAAGCUGCCUCUCUCCUCUCUGCAAUGCUCGUCGUCGAUCCAGUGAAACGUAUCACAAUCGCAGAAAUCCGCCAAUUGCCCUGGUUCCAAAAGGAUCUUCCGCGGUAUCUCCUCCCUUUGCCAUCUACCCCAGCAGCAAUCGAGGAUGGCAGCAGCCAGGAAUUCGAAUUUGGCAUGACGCCCGUGGAAGGACGCAGGGGCUCAGGAGCGUCCAAUCCGCAAGAGGGGGAUGCACAGGGGGAGCGUGUGCGUCGCAUCUAUUCACCUGAUCUGGGCUUCCUCUCGCGCUCAAUUGUAGACGAGCUCAAUGCAAAGAUGGUCACCUUCAACGAAGACGAGAUUCUGGAUCUGCUUCAGCAGCCCGGAGACAACCAGCUGAAAGUAGCCUAUCAGCUCGUUAGGGAUCAGAGGAGGAUCCUGCAGAACUCUGAGCAGGACGGCGACGAGCAAUUGAAGGAAGACAUGAAAGUGUGGCUUCAGGGUAGCCCUCCAGCAUGGCGAGAAGGAUUGGAGGAGCGAAAAGAAGGAGCUGCAAAGGGUGUAUCUCGUCAGACUAGUCUCAAACGUCCUAGUAGGAGAAGAACCCGCGAGACUUCUGGUCAAGCUUCUGGCAGUCUCUCGAGCUCACAGAUGCAGGCACCUGCACAAGAUCAAGAUGAGACCUCGACGCAAUAUACGGAAGAUGGCAACGAGACCUUCGCCUCUGACACCUACGAUUCCGAAAUGAUGGACGGCUAUGGAGAAGACGAUGGCAACGGUCUCGAUACUGAAUUCUCCGACGACGACGGUCUAGGAGCAGGGGAGGACGAUCUCCUCUUCUCGGACGAGGAGCUUGAUCAACCUGCCUCUGCUGGAGCUCCUAGCGGUAUUGCCAUCCUAGAGACUAGCCUCCCUUCGCGCCGGCCAUGGAGCGAAGCAUCGACAUCAUCAGCAGGAGGCUCUUCUGGAGCUGGCUUCUCCAAUUUUCCACCUCUGUCGGCAGCCGCACCUGCGCCUCAGAAGCGUCCAAGGCCUCGUUGGCACUUUGGAAUUCGCUCACGCUCACCGCCAAUGGAGAUUGUCGUGGAGCUCUACCGUACCUUGGAGGCUCUAGGGAUGGAGUGGCGUAUGAAGCCAAAGAAGAAGACAGCCACCCAGAGUGGCGCUGGCGAUGGCGAUGACGGCAGUAGUGCUGCUACAGGCGCUGAAGAAGGGGAAGACUCUUCCUCCUCCCCACCAGGCGGUAUAGACGGGCAAGCCGAGCAGCUCUUUUUCAUCGAAACGCGCUGGCGCGUUGGGGAAAUUAUUGUCCGCAUGGACCUUCAACUCUACUCGGUCGAUUCGGCAAACUAUCUCGUGGAUUUCAGAAACGUCAAUUAUGUCAGGCUGGACCCGACACCUCCCCAGAUUAGAACACCUACUGGAGAGGAGGAUACGGAGCAGGGAGGAAAGAGGGAGAAGGCUGCUGGAGCGGGAGCAGGAGGGGAAGGCGAGGUGAUUGAGGGAGGGCAAGAAGCAGCUGAGAAGGCUUUGGAUCAAGCUGCUCUACAAGCCCAGGCUCGAGCUCAAGCUAUCGCUGAUGCGGCUUCCGCUUCCGCUCCUCCUCCCGCCGCUGAUACGGAAUCCAACGGCGGCUCCGGCGUCGGCGCUCCACCACCUUCGUCAGAGGUGGUGGAUCGCGCCAGUCUUCGGCGUCUCCUGGGGAAGAAUGCUGCUGCAAAACCUAGCUUGGCACCAGCUGUGCCCCAAGGGAGGAAGGAGGUUUGUAGCCCAUUUUUGUUCCUGGAGUGUGCGACGAGAUUGAUUGUUGAACUUGCUGGAGGGGGAUGA